CCAAGUGGCAGUAGUAAAAAGAAGAAGGAAAAAAAAAAAAGACCACCACAGCACAAGAAUAUAUCCCCUCCACAACCCAAAUAUAUUCAGUGGUGAUGAUGUGUGUGGACCCCACACACAGCUUCUCCACCCAUCUGCACUCCACCCUCUCCAGAGUUCAGAGAAACUCUCUCUCCAAUCCUUGUUAAAUAAUUAUUAGUAGAGAAGGAAAAAAAAAAAGAAAAAAAAGAAAAAAAAAACAACCCAAUCUCAAAAGUCCAAAUCCCCUAUCCUUCUCUUCUCAAUUUUUUAAUUCCGAAAAGAAAAGCGGCAAAGGAAGAAAAGAUAAUAAUAAUAAAAAAGGGAAAGGCAGUAUGCCAACGCCGGUCAGCGCAGCGCGGCAAUGCCUGACCGGCGAUGCAGCUCGCGCCCUUGACGACGCCGUCUCCGUAGCUCGACGCCGCUGCCACGCCCAGACAACCUCUCUACACGCAAUCUCAGCACUCCUUGCUCUCCCUUCUUCCUCCCUCCGAGACGCCUGCGCCCGCUCUCGCACCUCCUCCUUUUCACCUCGCCUCCAAUUCCGCGCCCUUGAUCUCUCCUUCUCCGUCGCCCUCGAUCGCCUUCCUUCUUCUCCUUCCAUUUCAGAUGGUGGCUCUUCUGUCGAUCCUCCCAUCUCCAAUUCCCUCAUGGCCGCCAUCAAACGCUCCCAGGCCAACCAGCGCCGUAACCCCGAGACCUUCUUCCUUCACCACCAGCAUCAGCAGCUUCUUCCUCCAUCCCCUUCUUCCUCAACUUCUUCCAAUUCCUCCUCCUCUUCUUCCGUCCUCUCCGUCAAAGUCGACCUCCAGCCUCUCAUUCUAUCCAUCCUCGAUGACCCCAUCGUUAGCCGUGUCUUCGCCGAUGCUGGUUUCCGCAGCUGCGAUAUCAAGCUCGCCAUUGUCCGCCCCCUCCCUCCCCUCCGUGCCCCUCGCCCCCGUUGCCCUCCUCUCUUCCUCUGUAAUUUCACUGACAUGGACCCCACCCGACGCUUCCCCACCUUCAAUUUUCCCUUUUCCAGUCUCUCCACCUUUGGCUUCUCCGACUUUGACGACAAUUGUCGCCGGGUUGGUGAAGUUCUCGCUCGUAGCAAGGGCAGAAACCCAUUGCUUGUUGGAGUCUGCGCACGGGACGCGGUCCACAACUUUGCUGAUUGCAUCCAGAGGGGAGGAGAGGCUGCAGUUAUCCCCAAAGAAAUAGCUGGUUUGAAGUUUGUUUGCAUUGAGAAGGAGGUGGCGGCUGAGGGGGCGCUGCCAGGGUCAAAGCUUGAUGAGUUGGGUCAAUUGGUGGAGCGGUCCGUGGGGCCUGGUGUUAUUAUUAGUGUUGGAGAUUUGAACAGCUUGCUCACAGAUGCAGCAGGCCGGGUGGUCUCUGGGUUGACGAAGUUGUUGGAGCUUCAUCGGGAGCGGUUAUGGUUGAUGGGUGCUGCUGCGAAUUACGAGACAUAUAUGAAGUUCUUGACGCGGUAUCCUUCUGUAGAGAAGGAUUGGGAUCUGCAGCUUCUUCCCAUCACUUCUCUCACACCUACAGUGGGAGGACUCUACCCCAGACCCCACAGCUUGAUGGAGUCGUUUGUUCCAUUUGGUGGGUUUUUUUCAACAGCAUCGGAUUUGAAAAGCCCUUUAAGCAGCACGUAUCCAUCUAUGUUUUGUUGUCACCUAUGUAAUGAGAAGUAUGAGCAAGAAGUUGCUGCAGUUCUGAAGGGAUGCACUGUUUCAGUUGAAGAUCAGAGCCAAGGGAGCUUGCCCUCCUGGCUGCGAAGAGCUGAUCUGCUCAGCCAAGAGAAUGGAGUAGCAGAAGUGGUGAAGGCCAAAGAUGAUGGAACAGCAUUGAAUGAUAAAGUUAUGGGGCUGCAGAAGAAAUGGAGUGAUAAUUGCCAACGUCUACAUCGUGGUAUGCAAAUGCUUGAAGCAGACAAUCUUCAAGUGGGACACCAAGUGGGUCCCAUUAAUUUUGGCCUUCAUUAUAUUGCAGAUAGGAAAGAGAGAGCUGAUAAUUGCAACAGCAAGAGUACUUACACAUCUCAAAACCCAAGUGGAUGUGGAAAUGCAUUUCCCAUGUCAGCAGAUUUAGUAAAGAUUUCCCCACCAGACUUGAACAAGCCAAUUCCUGUUGUUCCUGUAUCAAAGAACGAAAACUUAUUGUCCAAACAACAGGUAAGCGUUUCAAAAAGCGAGCUCCUUCAGACACAGGGCUUGCAAUCUAACUCAUGCACUCUGUCAGAGGUGGGCAUUCAUGACGGUCAUCCAUCACCUCCCCUUGUAACUUCUGUGACAACGGAUUUAGUGUUGGGAACACUUUAUACACCUCUCAGUAACCAUCUGAAGGAACCCACCAUUCAAACCUACAAAGACCAUUCACGGUUCUCGGUGUGCUCACCAGCUGGAGUUGAUCUUGUCAACAGACGUAUUCCGAUUCCGAUGGCUCUGGUCCAAGCUCCCUCUGCUUAUUCAGAUUCCAUUGGGCCCAGUGCAUAUGUGGGUAUGCGGACUGCUGCCCUGAACUGUCAGACUACUGCUGUCAUGGUUGCAUCUAACCCACGCUGCCUUGGUUCUUCUGAUAUUACCACUGGACAAUGUGAUCCUAGAGAUUUCAAGACCCUGGGGAAGGCUCUCACAGACAAAGUAGGCCGGCAAGAUGAAGCCAUAUAUGCUAUCAGCGGAACUAUAGCACGCUGCAAAGUAGGAAAUGAAAGGCGCCGAGGAGCUAGCCUUAAAGGAGAUAUAUGGUUCAGUUUACUUGGUCCGGAUAGAGUUGGAAAGAAGCGAGUAGCUGUGGCUCUUGCAGAGAUGGUCUUUGGCAGCAAGCAAAAUCUAAUAUGCGUGGAUCUAAAUUCCCAAGAUGGCAUCACCUGUUCCAAUUCGAUCUUCGAUCUCAGCCAAGCAACAGAUGGCUUUGAUGCAGGAUUCAGAGGGAAGACAGUGGUCGAUCAUAUUGCUUGGGAAAUAAGCAAGAAGCCGUGGUCGGUUGUGUUCCUUGAAAAUGUGGACAAAGCUGACUUGAUGCUUCAAAAUAGCUUGUCCCAGGCUAUUAGGACAGGCAAAUUCCCAGACUCGCAUGGAAGAGAAGUUGGCAUCAAUAAUACAAUAUUCAUAACAACAAUGAGAACAUGGAAGGGUAAGAUGUUCUCUGAUGGGAAAGAAAGUGUUGAUUUCUCUGAGGAUAGGAUUCUGGCUGCCCAAGUCUGGGAAAUGCACAUCUCAGUUGGUUCUGUUCCUGAGGCUGUAAGCAAUAAGAGUUCAAAUGUGUUGGUUAUGCCAAGGAAUGGUUCUGGGAAUGAAGAAUACAGUUUGGGAAGAGUAUUUGUCAAGAAAAGAAAGCUGGACAGCACAGGCGAUCAUAAAACGGAGUGUGAGUACAUGGAGACAGCCAAACGCCUACAUAGGACAUCUAAUACAUACCUUGAUUUGAAUCUGUCUGCAGAAGAGAUGGAAGCGAACAAUACGGACAAUGGAGAUGACGAGAAUGACCGAAUGUCUGAAAGCUCGGAGGCAUGGCUAGAAGAAUUCAUCGAUAAGGUGGAUGAAACUGUGACUUUCAAGGCUUAUGAUUUUGACACCGUGGCAGACAAUGUACUGAAGAAAAUCAGGGAGAGGUUUCAGAGUGCAUUAGGGUCAGAGGGUAUGCUGGAGGUUGAUUGCAAAGUGAUGGAGCAGAUACUUGCAGCGGAGUGGGUAUUGGAGGGAACGGGAGCAGUCAAGGGUUGGAUAGAGAAGGUUCUUGGGCAGAGCUUCGUGGAGGCUCGUGAGAGGUAUGCGAGCAGCCUUUGGGCACGUACUGUACUGAGACUAGAGACUUGCGAGGAAGGGUUGAUGGAAGAGCAGGCACCAGGAGUUUGCCUUCCUGCAAGGAUAAUUCUGAAUUGAUUUUGUAUGACAAAGGCGGAAGCUCGCUCGCUCCAUGUAAUUAUUAUUUAGAUGUAUAAUGAAUGUAGUAUUUUUAGCUAUCUUUUUUGGGUUUUAUUGGUGAUUAAUUUUGGUCCUGUUUAAUCAGGGUUUUGUUUUGUGAAUUGAAUUUGUUCUUAGUUGGUUAAUGUAUGAUGAUGAUGAUGAUGAU